AUCAUGUUGUGGGAUAAGUUAACAAAACCCUUCAUUAGAAUCAUAAGUCUCCAGAACAACACCAUAGAGAGAUUGAUUAACUUCUCUAAACCAAAGAUAAUAGCAGAGGGUUAUAGUGGAGUGUGUGGUGCUGGUUCCUCUGGUCACAGGUGGAUGGUGACCUCAACAGCCAUUAAUGAAUACUUGUUAAGGUCAAGUUAUAUGGGAUGUAGACACCACUACCUCCAUUUUCUGAAGACAUUAGGAGACAAAGAUUGGAGGAAGAGUAAAUGGAAGGAGAGAGGACCCCCCAUGAGCGUGGCGGUGGUGACGGCCUUCUGUUGGGAACUAAACAGAGAACAAAAGAUAAAUGAGAGAGAAUUCCUCCUGGCUGCCAUGGUGGGCAACAUUGACCGCAUGAAGGAGUUCUUAAAGAAAGGAGUUGACGUAAACUGCUGUCAUCCUUAUGGGUGGACGGCACUGCACGCUGCCGCCAUCAAUGCGCGGUCCAAAGCUGUCAAGUUUCUGCUGGAUAAUGGAGCGGAUCCCAACCUUCCUGACAACUUCUCCAGCAUAUUUCAGGUUGCACGUGAGAACAGGACGUCACCCAUCAGCGUUGAAGUGAUCCGGGAGGGAGAGUUCAGCACCCGUCUCAACCACAACCAGAUGUUCCGUGGAUGUACAGCUCUUCACUACGCUGUUCUUGCUGAUGACCAGGAGAGUGUUCAGUCGCUACUAGACGCUGGAGCCAACCCAAUGGUAGUGAAUGAAUACCGUUUUAAGCCGGAAGACUACAGCAGAGACAUUGGCAUGAGAACGAUGAUGCAGAAACACUCGGAGAAGUAUCUCGCCAAGGAGAAACGGAAAGAAAUGGAGGAGAGGCGGAAGUUUCCCCUGGAGCAGAGGAUUAAACAGAGGAUCAUCGGCCAAGAGGGAGCCAUAACCACCGUGUGCGGCGCCAUCAGACGUAAAGAGAACGGUUGGUACGAUGAAGAGCACCCUCUAGUGUUUCUCUUCCUCGGGUCGUCCGGCAUCGGUAAAACAGAACUGGCGAAACAAAUUGCUGAAUAUCUCCACAAAGGAAAGAAAUCCUCAUUUAUCAGAAUAGACAUGUCAGAGUACCAGCAGAAACACGAAGUGGCCAAGUUUAUCGGCUCACCUCCGGGCUAUGUCGGCCACGAGGAUGGUGGACAGUUAACUAAGAGGUUGAAAGCCUAUCCCAAUGCUGUCGUUUUAUUUGACGAAGUCGAGAAAGCUCAUCCCGACGUGUUGACUAUAUUGUUGCAACUGUUUGAUGAAGGCCGACUGACAGAUGGCAAAGGGAAGACUAUUGAGUGUAAGGAUGCAAUAUUUAUCAUGACGUCCAACUUAGCCAGUGAUGAGAUUGCAGAGUACGGUAUGCAGCUGAGGGCAGAGGCGGACAAGAUCACACAACAGCGGUACGAGGGAGAGCCACAGGACUUAGAGAUAACAGAAACCAUCACCAUAUCACGCAGAUUUAAAGAACAUAUUAUUCGUCCUAUCCUGAAAAACCACUUCCAGAGGGACGAAUUUCUGGGAAGAAUUAAUGAGAUCGUUUACUUUGUUCCGUUCUCACGAUUGGAAUUGUUAAAACUGGUUCGCAUUGAGCUUGACAAGUGGUCUAAACAGGCCCGUGAGAAACACAGCAUAGAGCUAAAGUGGGACCCCAUGGUGCUGGAUGUGUUGGCUGAUGGCUACAAUGUUUAUUAUGGUGCUCGAUCCAUUAAACAUGAGGUUGAGCGGCGACUGGUGAAUCAGCUGGCCAUGGCAUAUGAGAGUGGACUGAUCACUCCAGGCUGUACAGUGUUCGUGUACACAGACGUCCCCACCUCAGAGGCUGACAAGGCCAAGCUACAAGACUCGCCGUCACCGAUCAAGAUCCGUGUUAAGACAGAGGGAACCGAUAGUUUCACUGAUGUUGACCCGAGUGAACACUUGAAACAGAGCGCAGGAAAGUGAUAUAAAAAUUAUGGUAGUCAGUAAAAUUAGUUUGUGUAUCUACAGUAAUCUCUCGGUAUAACGGACACCCUAUAUGUGCAUCAGAUUCCAGUUACAGUGGACC